UCCUUUAAUCCACAAGUCUCUUUCAUCACUGCUUUUCCAUUGAAAGGUUGAACAACCUAAAGGAAAGAACAACUUUUGACGGAAAUGUCGAGAUCGUGGCUUUGCGUUGCAUUUGGUACCUUUGCGUUGUUCUUGUUCGCGUCGGCCUUUGCGGACGAUGUCAUAGUACUCACUGAGGACAACUUCGAGAAAGAGGUGGGUCAAGAUCGCGGCGCUUUGGUCGAGUUUUACGCACCCUGGUGUGGGCACUGUAAAAAGCUUGCUCCUGAGUAUGAAAAGCUUGGUGCGAGUUUCAAGAAGGCUAAGUCUGUUUUGAUUGGCAAGGUUGAUUGUGAUGAGCACAAGAGUCUCUGCAGUAAAUAUGGAGUUUCUGGAUAUCCCACCAUCCAGUGGUUUCCUAAGGGGUCUUUGGAGCCCAAAAAGUAUGAAAGUGCAAGAACUGCUGAAGCCCUUACUGAAUUUGUAAACAAUGAAGCAGGGAUAAAUGUCAAGAUAGCUGCAAUUCCUUCAAGUGUUGUGGUUCUCUCUCCAGACAACUUUGAUGAGAUUGUUCUUGAUGAUACAAAGGACGUCCUUGUUGAAUUCUAUGCACCCUGGUGUGGUCAUUGCAAAAGCCUUGCUCCUACUUAUGAAAAGCUAGCAACAGCAUUCAAGCUGGAAGAUGAUGUAGUCAUUGCUAAUCUGGACGCUGAUAAGUACAAGGACAUUGCAGAGAAGUAUGGUGUAAGUGGUUUUCCUACAUUGAAAUUCUUCCCAAAGAUCAAUAAGGCUGGUGAAGAUUACGAAGGCGGACGAGACUUGGAUGAAUUUGUCAGUUUCAUCAAUGAGAAGUGUGGAACUAGCCGUGACACAAAAGGACAAUUCACUGAUAAGGCCGGUAUAGUUGAAGCCCUUGAUAGCCUAGUGAAAGAGUUUGUAAGUGCAUCAACGGAGGAUAAAAAAGCUGUAUUCAGUCGAUUGGAGGCAGAAGCCGAGAAACUAAAGGGAUCCAAUGCAAGAUAUGGGAAGAUCUAUGUGAAAGCUGCCAAGAGCUGCAUGGAAAGAGGUGCUGAGUAUGCUAAGAAUGAGAUUCAGCGGCUGGAACGCAUGCUUGCCAAGUCAAUUGCCCCGGCGAAGGCUGACGAUUUCACUUUGAAGAAGAAUAUUCUGUCUACCUUUGCUUCUGAUCAGUGAGAUCGCCUUUUACUGACAAAUAUGGUAUCCACAUAUAACUUCUGGGCGUUGAUUUUCCCUGGAUGUAGUGGAUCCAUCUUCUUACGCUCCCAGUUUCCUUCAGUUGCACAUUUUGCAUCACCUUCGCAAUCAGAAGAAUGGGAAUGAUAUUUUGUUUCCAUUUACCACAAGAUAAAACUAAUUUUGUUUCCAGCAGUAGCAUUAAUGUUAUAAGGAAUAGUGACUUUGUUAUGAUUAUAUCAUCUUUUUGGUGGUGAUAGUAAUGCAAGAUUCUUGGUUAUUGAGGACAGUUAUGUAUUCUUCAUUAUGUUUCAUCUAUGAAAGAUUAUACAACCUUGUUGGUUAUAAGAUAUUGAUGGCUUAUUUUUGUCAA